AUGGCAUCGAAAUUUGAGCCUCUUAAUUCCUUCGACAGGGAGAUACGAGUCUUGUCAUUUGUGGCAGAUUCUUCCACAGUCUCCGCGAUCCAGCAUGGCCGAGAAACUUUGCUCACCUACAAAGAGCCCGGCUCGGCAGCGUUUACAUCGGAAAUACGUUGUGCGGUGUGCCCCAUUUCUCUGGACUCGACCAAUCCAGAAGACACGUAUUGUGCUCUGUCCUAUGUCUGGGGAGUUCAAGAGCCGACGACACCCAUCUCCUUGAACGGUCAGCGCAUGGACGUGGUGCCGAACCUAUUGAGUGCUUUGCAGCACCUACGCCGGCAUCCUGAAGCGAAGGGUCGUAAGCUGUGGAUCGAUGCGAUAUGCAUUAACCAGGCCGAUUUGGAAGAAAAAGCUCGCCAGGUAGAUAUGAUGGGAGAGAUCUUUCGCCGCGCCGACAAGGUCUUCAUUUGGUUGGGCCGAGAAGGCGAAGGAAGCAAUCUGGCAAUGGAUUUGCUAAACUCUGUGCCCACGCCUGGAGACACAACGGCGCUGAAACAUUUCGUGGAUACGAGGGCGAAUCAUGAUGAAGCAUGGAUAGCUGUGAAGUGUCUUUUUGAACGAGACUACUGGAGAAGGCUGUGGGUGCUUCAGGAGAUCCUGCUUUCGAAGCAAGCAUACGUGCUUUGUGGAGACCGAGUGUGCGCAUGGGAGUCGAUCAUGACGCUUCUCAAAAGGUCUAACUAUUCCAAUAAUAUUGAAAUUAGAUCAACGCCUGCGAGGAACGCGCUUCUCGGAUGGAAAAUGGUGCUAUUAGUAGAUAUUAUCAGGAGCCGGAGGGAGGGUCGAACGGGUUUACUGGAUUACUUGGUUUUGAGUCGACAAAGACAAGCAAGUGUGGCACAUGACUAUAUCUACGGGGUGCUGGGACUGGUGGAGGAGCGCAUACUCUACGCGGAUUACAAAAAGUGCGUUGAGGACGUAUACCGAGACAUAGCACUUUAUAUGCUGCGAUCGAAAGGUGAUCUUCGCAUUUUGAGCAUGUGCUGUGAGACAGCAAGUCAGGGAAUUAACCCCACAUGGGUUCCAGACUGGCGGAAUCAGUAUAAAGAGCCUUACCAAGCCUUUCUACUUUGCCUUCAGGACUACGAUGCUGGCCUAGCUUCGAUCAAUGAGCCAGACAUGGACUUUCUCCAAAACAGCCAAGUGCUUCAGAUCAAGGGCAAACUUAUAGAUAUCAUAAGUUUUACCUCUCCCACACAUUCGUCAACGAAUCGCUGGCCUCAAGUUGGUGAAGAUUGGACAGCAUGGCUGACUCAAGCACCCGAUCGAACGCAACAAUACGGCCAAUUCGAAGGGCAGCGUGAGGCAUUUCGUGCUGCUCUUUACUGCCAGUACGGCGCCAUUACAACCAGAAAUGAUGGCUCUGGCCAGUACUUUGAUCUUAUAGUGUCCGAGUCUACGACGCGACCCACUAGGGAGGAACUUUCUCAUCCGAAACGGUCUUUUGGUAAGGUAGGUAGGCAGUUCUUUGGCACAGAGAAGGGCUAUAUGGGUCGCGGCCUAUGUGAUACCGAGAAAGGUGACGUUGUCGUUGUCAUCAAAGGGGCCAAAGUACCCUUCGUCCUAAGGAAGAGCAAUACCGACGACUUUUACUAUCUGGUUGGAGAAUGUUAUUUACAUGGUACAAUGAACGGCGAACUGGUCAGAGACGGGGGCGAACAUCAAUGGGAAUAUUUUUUCUUGAAAUAA